UCGAACCGGUGAAACAAACCAUAAGGAAGAAAAAAAUGAAAAUGAAAAUGAAAACACAAGACCAAAAGAACCAAGAACUCUCAUGAAAAAGAAGAAAAAAAGAAUCUCUUUAUUGCUACUGCACAUCUACACCAUGGCCACACCCCAAACAUAGACGCUAAUAUGCAGUCGAGACUUGGGACUCCCCACCCGAACCAUACCUCAGAGCCCUUUACCUUCCCGCCAUAAUACAAAGAAAAUGACCAUAAACCACAAAUACUACAAGCACUCCCUUUCUUUGAACAAAUUCCUCAAAUCCAAGAAAAACCUCUCUAAAACCCCACCAAAACUCUUUCCUAAUGACCCGACACCCCAACAAAUCACACAAACGAUUAGCAACAGCUCAAAUGCUCCCACAUUAGAUCUUAAUCACCCCAUCUUGCAAAAACUGGAACAAUCAUGUACUAACAUCAAACAAUUCAAUCAAAUCCACACCCAACUUACAGUCUUGGGCCUUUUCCAACACCCUUUCGCCGCGAGUCGUUACAUCAAGAAGCUCUGUGCUUGUUUAAAUUCAGUUUCUCAUUGCGUUUCUCUGUAUAAUCACAUUGGAGAACCUGAUGCUUUUAUGUGUAAUACUAUAAUGAGAAGUUUUGUGAAUGUGAAUGACCCUUUUGGUGCUUUGAGAUUUUAUUAUGAAAAAAUGAUUGCUAAGUGGGUUUUGCCUAAUCAUUACACAUUUCCUCUUGUUGCUAAGGUUUGUGCUGAUAUUGGGUCUUUGAGAGAAGGUCAAAAGGUUCAUGCUUUAGUAGUGAAAUUUGGGUUUGAGUUGGAUUUGUUUGUGAGGAAUUCUUUUAUACGUUUUUACUCUGUUUGUGGGAGGACCUCGGAUGCGAGGAUGGUGUUUGAUAAUGGGUUUGUGUUGGAUUUGGUGAGUUGGAAUUCGAUGAUUGAUGGUUAUGUGAAGAAUGGAGAGUUGGGUCUUGCACGUGAGAUCUUUGAUGAAAUGUAUGAGAGAGAUAUUUUCACUUGGAAUUCAAUGAUUUCUGGGUAUGUGGGAGUCGGAGAUAUGGAGGCGGCUAGAGGAUUGUUUGACAAAAUGCCAUCCAGAGAUGUUGUGUCUUGGAAUUGCAUGAUUGAUGGGUUUGCAAGGAUAAAAGAUGUUUCAAUGGCAGCUAAGUUUUUUGAUAAGAUGCCUUUGAAGAAUGUGGUUUCUUGGAAUGUUAUGUUGGCUCUUUAUCUAAGGUGCAAGAAGUAUAGUGAUUGCUUGAGAUUUUUUGACAUGAUGGUUGGAGGGGACUUUGUGCCCGAUGAAGCAUCUCUUGUAAGUGUCUUGACUGCAUGUGCGGAACUGAAAAUGCUUGAUCAAGGAAAAUGGAUUCAUUCUUAUAUGAGGGAUAAUGGGAUUAAGCCUGAUAUAUUACUCUCAACUGCUCUAUUAACCAUGUACGCAAAAUGUGGGGCAAUGGAUUUGGCUAGAGGAGUGUUUGAUAAGAUGCCUGAAAAAAGUGUGGUGGCAUGGAAUUCUAUGAUCAUUGGAUACGGUAUGCAUGGACAUGGAGACAAAGCCCUAGAAAUGUUCUGGGAGAUGGAGAAGGGAGGUCCUAUGCCAAAUGAUGCUACUUUUAUGAGUGUUUUGUCUGCAUGCUCACAUUCAGGGAUGGUUUGGAAUGGUUGGUGGUACUUUGAUCUAAUGCAUAGAAAAUAUAAGAUUAAACCAAAGCCUGAGCACUAUGGUUGUCUGGUUGAUCUCCUUGGCCAGGCAGGUUUGAAAGAACCGUCAGAAGAUCUCACAAGGAAGAUGCAUACGGAGGUAGAGCCUACUUUAUGGGGAGAUCUUCUUUCAGCUUGUAGGGUCCACUGUAUUUCAGAACCUGGAGAGAUCCUGGCCAAGCAACUAAUUAAGUUAUUUCCAAAUCAUAUUGUUCCAUAUUUGUUAUUAUCAAACACAUAUGCCGCUGACGGGAGGUGGGAUGAUGUAGAAAAUUUGAGAAGGACUCUGAAGAAUAAGACUCUUAAUUCAAAAAUGGUUUUCACUUCAAGGAGGCACUCAAUGUUGAGUGAGGCGGCUGCUCAGAUCAAAUUGUCUAAUAUAGAUUCUAUUAGGACUUGAAACUCAGCCAUACUGUUUAGCAAGUUUUAAAAAUACACCUUUUCAAUUGGAGAUGGCCAAAAUGACAAUUUUUGCAAUGGGAAAUACGGAAGUCUUUUGGAUGUCAAGUGUGAAUCCCGGGAAGCACGUGGACUCCAGGUUAUGGGCUAACUCGUUCAAACCGCUGAUUUUCCCUGAGAAAGAACCUUGUAACUGUUUAAGGAUACCAUAUCCAGCUGCAAAUUGUAAAGAUAAGGUCACACUGAUUAGUAGCUGAAGAGGUGUGUUAAAACUGAUUUCUUUUGUUUUCCAGUCUGAACUCUAAAUCCAUGAUAAGCUGAUAGCACAUUUGCUGUGUAUGAAAUGUAUUAUGCCAUUGACCUUUAUCUAUGGUUUUGGUUACAAACUCAGCAUUGAAGACACUUUGUUGUUUCAUUA